AUGCUGAAGGCAAAUACUUAAAAUAGUCUUAAAUAUUUAACCUCCAUAAAAUUCAAAUGCCAUUUUGAGAAAGGAAGCUGAUUUUUCAACACUUGGAGUUGCACUGGAGCUUUCAGCUUUUUUUUGUUUCAUUCAGCUGCUGAGAACAGCCAGGAAAAGACAUUUGAUAUUGAAGGAAGAAAAUAAUCGCUGGUUGUUCAGAAAGGGUGAGCCAUUUUGGCCACUUUGGCUGGAUUCAUUCCAGUGACCUCGAGUUGUGGGUGCUUCGAAGUUUGUGCUUAAACAUCUGCUCACUCACAGCAGCUCCAGAGCAAGUUUUGAGGCUCAGUGAGGAAGGGCGGGAGAAGGUCCUUGUGAGGUGGGGUGGGCGGGACCAUCUCCUGUCUGUUAGCAGGAGCAGGAAAGCCCAUUGGUCAGUCAGGAAGAGCGGGAAAAGCCCAUUGGUCAGUCAGGAAGAGCGGGAAAAGCCUUCGGUCAGUCAGUCAGUAAGGGGAGGAAAAUCUUGACUUUGGUUUCCACAGAAACUUUCUGCUUUUUCUCUCUGGCUUUAUGGUUUGACCUCAGAUAAUAAGUUUUAAGUCCAGCACAUGGAAUAGCCUUUACUGAUUUAUUUGGUAAUCUCUUUUUAACGCCUUCGUCCCUUCCGGAGAAGCUGGAUUGUUCUGCACCAGCCUUCAUGGAGGAGCACAGCGUGUGUUCAGUGCCAGCUGGGAGCAAGACCGGCUUCAGGGAAACAAGCCCUUCUGGUCAUGAGAGCCAUGUCCCUAGUUCUGAAGUUCUUGAAGCAAUAGAAAAUGUUAUCGAAGACGUACUUAAAAGCUUGGCCCAAAAAAAAGCACCUGUUCUCACACUAGCUAACAGAUCAGAUUGGAGGAAUAUAGAAUUUAGAGAUUCUGUAGGUCUACAGAUGAUACCACGUUCUACUACAAGACAAAUAAGAAGUGACUGCCCUAGCUCAGCACCAAGAUUUGCUCUGAUGCUCAAAAUAUUAUCCAUGAUCUAUAAAAUGGUGCAGAGUAAUACUUAUGCAACUAAAAGAGAUAUAUAUUAUUCAGACACACUACUGUUUGGUAGCCAGAGUAUAGUGGACAAUAUAAUCAAUGACAUUUCUUGCAUGCUUCAGAUACCUCGGAGAAGUCUACAUAUACUGUCUACAACUAAAGGUUUUGUUGCUGGUAAUUUAAGUUACACUGAGGAAGAUGGUACAAAAGUGAAUUGUACCUGCAGUGCAACAGCAGUCACUGUGCCAUCUAAUGUUCAAGGAAUUAAAAAUUUAAUCUCACAUGCCAAAUUUAUUUUAAUUGUAGAAAAGGAUGCAACUUUUCAGAGACUCUUGGAUGAUGAUUUCUGCACUAAAUUGUCCCCAUGUAUAAUGAUUACGGGAAGAGGUGUACCAGAUCUCAAUACACGGCUUUUGGUCAGAAAGCUGUGGGAUGCUUUUCAAAUUCCUGUUUUCACCCUUAUGGAUGCAGAUCCACAUGGUGUGGAAAUAAUGUGCAUCUACAAAUAUGGAUCUGUGUCAAUGUCAUUUGAGGCCCAUCAUCUCACCGUUCCAUCUAUAAAGUGGCUUGGUCUCCUUCCAUCUGAUCUUGAGAGAUUAAAUAUACACAAAGAUGCCCUGAUUCCAUUUACAAAGCAAGAUCAAAAUAAGUUAGCCAGUAUACAAAAGAGACCUUACCUUGCUUGUCAGCCACUGUGGAAAAGAGAACUGGAUAUUAUGGCAGCAUCUAAACUGAAGGCUGAAAUUCAAGUUUUAACUUCUCUUUCAUCAGAUUACCUUUCUAGAGUCUAUUUACCAAACAAACUGAAAUUUGGUGGAUGGAUAUGAAUGUUUGUUUGCAAACAAAAUGUUUUUCUUGAUAUUGAUUUCUUUUGUUAACUGCUCUUAGAAAAAAUGCACAGAGGCAGAGCAGUAUGCUUCAUGCAUGUCAGGUUUCUUUAUCACUUUAUCUAGACUAUCAUUAUCUUUUGUUUGUUCGUUUGUUUUCAAACCAUAGGAGUAAUUACAAUUAUUUUUUACUUCCAUUCUGUGGCUUCUGCACUGUAAUAAUGCCAGAUGCAAUGGCACAUACAUUAAAAGAUAACGCGGUAUGUUCUUUCUGGCCAGAAAAUAUUAAGUUGAAAAAUGUAUCAGGAAAUUGCUUUGCUUUUUUUCUUAAAGCACAAGGUGAUGCUGUACCAACCUGUUUAUUUUUGAAGAGAGCAAAAGACUUUGUUAACAAUUUAUUGCACAUGCCUCCUGUUGGAAAUUAUUGUAAGUACAGCAUUGUGACAUUUUGUGUUCGCUGUGAAUCCAGGUUGAAAAGCCAGAGAGAGUUCUUGUUACUGCUAGAAAUGUCCCAGCAACCAAAUUACUAUUUGUCUUCCAUGAACAAGUAAGCAAGCAGAUGUUACUGAUUAAGAAUUUAAUAAACGAUCCUGUUAAUGAUGCACAUCAUAACAGAAUCCCUUGUUCAUUUUCUUUAUUUAGUUGGCUGUAAAACAGGAGCAGGAAACUGUGGUGAUUAAAGUGUACAAUGAAUUUUAUGUGAGGAAACCAAACUGACUGCAUAGAUACUACUUCCAAAAUUUACAGAUAAUAUUUGCAGUACACUUAUCUAGUCUGGGUUUGUUUGUUUUCAUUACUGUUCCGCCAGUAUGAAACUGAAAAGGAAUUCAAAUUCCUGUUUUCUUUCCUGCACAGUAGCAGUGUUACUACCUGCUGGUAAUUUCUAACGCCCAGGUAACAAUCAAUCUAGAUCCAGCGGAACGAGGGGCUGUUGUCUCAGCAGGUGUGACAGUACCAGGACAGGUGUCACCUACUGCAGCCCGGUCACACCAGCACACAGCAACAGGCCUGGGCAGAGAACUUCCUUACACCUGGCCCAUGGGAGGCUUUGUUUUCAGGAGUGAGCGGGUUCCUGAAAUACGUGAAGCAGUUGACACUAUUUUAAUUCAAACAGGUGAAGUAGCUGCAUUUAGUGUCACGGUAGCGCCCGAGGGCAGCUGAACGUGCUCGGGCCCGUCUGAUCACCCCGCCUCCCCCGAGAUCAGGGACCACCACGGGACUUGCACUGUCCAGCGCUCAGACACCGCCGCUCGGCUGAGCAGGAAAAAGUCGUUAACUUCUUCAGCGGCAGCGCCGCGGAGAUCCCCAGCGGCCCCAUGGCGCGGGCUGGGCUCCUCCCGGCCCGAAGACAGCGGAAAACCGGCC